GGCGCGGGGCGGGCUGUGGGCGGCGGAAGCGGCGGCCAUGCUGCGUGGCCCGGCCCUGCUGCUGCGGGCGGCCCCGGGCGGCCUCGCGCACGGCCGGCACAGCCACCGGCAGCAGGAGCGGGAGCAGGGAUCGGCCUCAGGAUCAGCGCGGCCGCAGCCGCCGGAGCCAUCGCUGCUGAGCUUCCUGGUGUGCCCGCUCUCCAAGCGGCCGCUGAGGUACGAAGAAGCUACGAACGAGCUCAUUAACCAGGAGCUGGGCAUCGCGUACCCCAUCAUCGACGGCAUCCCGAACAUGGUUCCGGAGGCUGCCAGGAUGACGCAUAAGAAGCCGCCGGCCGAGGGCUUGGAGCAGCCCUGAGGAGCCGCCGGGCACGGCGGUAACGGGGCCUGAUGGCCAGAGCAGAGCUGCUGCCCUCCCUGCCCACGCUGACUGUGCUCGUUCCCCUCCUGUCCCUGGCAGGCCUGUUCUACUCCGCCAGCGUAGACGAAACCUUCCCCCAGAGCUGCAUCAGCACAACCAGCCUGUGUUUCUACAGCCUCCUCCUUCCUGUUACAGUGCCAGUUGUGUUCUUUCACCUGUGGACCUGGAUGGGGAUUAAGCUUUUUAGGCACAACUAGUGUGAUGCCUUUGCUAACCCCUGGGCUUCUCCAAAUCAACGUAAUUUGUUUAAUCUCAUCAAGUAUUGCAGUUCCUUUGAGAGAGUUUCCUUCUGGCACUAUUGACUGGCAUAAUUUUCCUAGUAGGAUCUGGAACUGAAUGAAGCAGCAGCCCAUUGUUAACUACUGCUAAUGCAGAUGAAGAGUAGGAGUAACAAGAAGCACUAAUUCCCUCUGUUUUAUCCCUUCAAGAGUGCUGUGCAUUUGUAGUGGCACUAAUUAAAACCUUAGUUUUCAUGAGGAAAAACUGUACCCUGACUGAAUAAAUCAAAAUUAAAACAUGAAAUUAUAUGAA